CACCCAAUGUUGCAUCCACUUUGUUGUUAUCAAGUUCAUCGGCAUACAUUUGAACUCAAAAUGGGCAGAAAUCAGCAUAAACAAUUGGGACUGAAGGAAACACCAAACCCAGACCAUAUAUUGUUCUUCUUUAAGACUAAGCCAUCAGAAGCCAACUCCACCAGGUUAUUCAGCCUUUUCAAAUUCCCUUCUACAGUAAUUGAACCUUCUAAGCCUGCAGGAGAAAGCUGUAGGGCGAUCAGAAAAUGUCUGUCAAAACACCCAUCUACCUCAAAACUGGGUCUCCAAAAAAGAGCAAGAAGGUGAAACUGCGGGACGUCCUGUCAGCAGACAUGAUCAGCCCCCCACUUGGAGAUUUUUGCCACAGAUUGCAUAUUGGCAAGAGUGGAGAGAGUGACACAUUCGGUGACAUGUCUUUCCUCCAGGGCCAACGUGACCUGCUGCCAACCUUGAGUACAUCAAAAGAGUCAGACAGCAGGGCACCCCCAAAACCGCCUCGACUACACUUAGAAGUGUCUGAUGAUUCAGCUGCUGCAAGUGCCAAUCCCAUGCCAGUCACCAACAAAACUACGUAUAAUAAACCACCAACUGCUCAUUCAACCACCUUGCAGCACAUCCCAUCAGGGGCUUUACAGGACGUAUUACCUUGCGACAGUCAGACAGUUGAUGAAAACCAGCAACAAAAUGAAGACUUUGAAGGCCGACAAUGCCCAGCUGAGACAACGGUGUACGAGUCUCUGUUAGGUCCAUCAGAAUCCUUGUUUUCAUUUAAGGUGGAUUUGGGACCUUCGAUACUGGAAGAUGUCCUUAAAGUUAUGGAUAAUCACAAAUCCUAAGAUUUCACACGAAUUAUAACUGCUAGACAAUGGUGGUAUAUUACAAAGCCUUUAUAUAUUGAACACGAAUGCCAAUUUGCCUUAGGCAGGCCAACGGCAUCCUAACCACCUGGUCACCAAAAGCACGAAAAGUGGUUUAUUAAUGAGUAUUUAGGCCGGAAAAUUGUAACUAGACCUAGGGCAGUAACACAAAUAAAUGAAAUAUGUUUCGAAAGCCCCAGGCAGACUGACUCCUAUCAAAAUCUUGCCCAGCUUAAUUAAGUCUCACACACACACAAAGACACCCAGCCUUCUUUACAGAAUAACACAAUAUUCCCCAAAAUAUUUCAAAAACCUUCCAUUUUCACAUGGCCAGUAAGGAGUUGGCACCUUCAGGAGAAGGGGGCAAAAAUCUGCAGCGUCAGGCACAUUGUAACGCCAAUUCUCAAUUGGUCUCCAAAGAAAUGGGCGAAGGAAGAUCUUCUAUCUCACAGGAAUAAGAGUGAUAUUCAGCUUGAGGCUCACAAUGCUUUUAGAACUAGCAGAAGCAUUUUUAGUGCAUUUUGAUCCAUCUCUGCUGCUUGUCUAUUUCAAGUACCCAUCUGUAUGUUGGCAGCUAAUUAUUCCCAAAUUUCUGGGAACUACCAAGAGGAAAUGCAGAACAAUAGACAGGGAAACUUCAUCCUCCAAUGUUCUCCUCCUUACACUUGAAUCCUUUUGCUGAUGGCAUGGCCAUAGAAAAUGGAAACAGGAGUGGGUCAUUCAGCCCUGUGAACCUUUUCUGCUAUUGAAUGAGAUCAUGACUGAUCGGUAACUUCAUUUACCAAACUUAAUUCUCUAACCCUUAAUAUCAUGCGUAACAAAAGUCUGUUAAUUGUAGUUUUGAAAUUUCAAAUGGACCUACAGCUCCAAGCUUUCUUUCUGAGGUGGGAGGGGAGGAGGAGGGUGGGGGUUCCAGACUUUCACUACCCCCUGCAUGAAGAAAUGCUUCCUGACAUCACCUUUCUCUGACAUAGCUCUAAUUUUACGGUUAUGGUCCCUUUUUCUGCACUCUCCCAGCAGAUAGGGUGGGCAGAGAGAAACUAUCAACUCAUCUUUAACACCUCAAUUAAAUCACCAUUUAGCCUACUAUAUUCUCAAGUCCAGCCCAUGCAGCCUGUCCCCAUAACUUAACCCUUUGUGCCCCUUUUAAAGUGGGCAGUGCAUGUUUGUGGAGGAAAGUCACAUUUUUCUAUUUGCUGGAACUGUGCACUUGAAAAGCAACACAUUAUGUCAAUAGAUCAACAAUACUAUUCCACCCUGUGAAAAAGAACUGAUUUGCUUCCAACAUAACACUUCACAAACACAAACUUCCUUAUUUUACAUGAUGAUGCAAAUUACACAGGAAUAAGACGAGUUCGUUCAUUCCUCAAGUCUUUUCUACCAUUCAGUUAGAUCAUGGCUAAUCUGUACCUCAUCUCCAUUAACUCCCUGUAAGGCUGAUCAGUAGCGUUUCUCCAUCUGCCUACCAUUAGGCCAUAUUCCUUGACAAUCUUACAUUGAUCUAAGUUUUGAAAAUUUCAAUUAUCCCAGAUCUACAACCUUUUGUGGGAGAGUGUUCAAGAUUUCUACUAACCUUAAUAUGAACAGUUGUUUCCUGAUCUCAUUCCUGAAUGGAGUUGCUCUAAUUUUAAGGCUGUACCCCUUUGUUCUGGGUUAGGAAUUUAUGAAUUACUGAAUUAAAAAGACCGAGAUCCAUUUAGUUUGCUUUUUAUCAUCCUGAUAGUCAAAUGACAAUGGAGUUGUUGACCUGACUAAUCAAUUGGUUUGCAAUGUAAGACCCAGACAUGAGGUUAGGAAAACUUGCUGGUGGUGGAAAGUUUUUGAUACUAUAGGUCAAUAAACCUGUUGUUCAGCUGUCAUGCCUCAAAUUACUUGUAUCCCAAAAUUUAUUUUCUGAAAAUCCAGCUAUUCUAACUGCUUGCACCAUCUCCCUUAGAAACUCAUUACAAAGAUUGACCGUUACUCAUUAAAUUCAAAUUAUAAA